CUUUGUUUGCAGAUAGAACGGGGCCGUUCAAAGCUAUCAGCUGUAAUUACCUCUGAAGGCCUAUAUUACUGUUUAGAACUUUCCAAUAAUUUAUAUUCUUAUUAAAAAUGUCUGUUUUAAGAAGCAGUUGCCUUCUGGGGAGACUUGCAGGUUCUAUCCACUCUCAGUCUUUAAGGAUUCCAUCCACUCAGAUCCGGUGUGUAACUUUAAAAGUUACCCAAGGACAAACAGUACCUGAACAAUCUUUCGAAGAACGAAAUGCCUCCGCAAAGAGACCAUUGUCUCCUCACCUUACUAUUUACGCACCUCAGCUUACUUCUAUGAUGUCAAUAUCGUACAGAGUCAGUGGUAUGGCUCUUUCUGCAUAUGCUGUUGCUUUGGCUGGUGCCUCAUUCAUGACAUCAGAUGUGGCCCAGCUUGCUCAUAGUGUCACCGAAUUGGGCAUACCUACCGCUGUGUUGUUUCCUUUGAAAUUUAUGUUAGCUUUGCCUGCUACAUAUCACAUUUUCAAUGGGAUUAGACAUUUGGCUUGGGACACAGGAAAAUUCUUCACCUUAAAAAAUGUGUACGUCGGAGGAUAUUUAACUCUCGCUCUCACUUUUAUCUCAGCUCUUUACUUGGCUAUGUAGAAAAUCCUGAAUCUGAUAUGUUGAUAUCUCAUGUUCAAUAUUUAUUGUAAUUACUUAUUGUUAUGUAUUUUUGUUGAAUAAUUUAUUAAUGAACAGAUAUGUUUAAGAAAGUAUUAUAUUUAUUUUAACAUUUCGUCUCAAUAAUUAUAUUGAAAUCCACCAAAGAAUGCCUACCUAAUAGUUAAGAACACCAAAUAUCGUUUAAUACUUUUCCCCAUUACAUUCAUCUGUAUAUAUUGUAAUUUAUUUGUGAAGACAAAAUAUGAACAAGAAAUAUUGAAUAAAAAUAAGCGUUCUUAUUUUAAAUAAAAUGUUGAAAUUAAUUGAACUUCGUUUUUU